GCGUACACUUACGUAUGACCCGACUGUCUAUCAUUGUUGUCUAAAUGCCUCCUAAGUAGCAGGCUCUGGCAAGACGCCGGCCAGACUCGAAUACUGUAUAUCGCUUACCCCUGUGAAUGGUCUUAUUCCUGUCGCUUUAGGGGAAUUGAAGCCCGAAUCCCCGCCGCGCUACGCUUUCAUCUACCUAUCUAGCCUAAUCCCCGCUGCGGUUUAGCAGCGCCUGGUAACCCUCAUUGACCAUGGCUUACUACCUUCUCUACUUCCUCACCAUAUCGGUUGUUGUGUGUGGCACAGCGCUCUACCUCACCCGGUCCCGAUGGCUACAUCUACUGCCCGUUCCCGACUACAUUUACGAUCGCCUCCCCUCGACGUUUGCUGGCGAUGUGGAAGCUGGUCUGGUCUCAUCCGAGUUCGAUAUCUCCGCCAAUGUUGCCGAGGGUGACACCAGGGCGGGCUUGGAUGAUCAGGCCAAACGCGAAAUCUUACGGAUCAUGAAACGGCGAAGAGUGGAUUUCAACGAAGGUCGCCGGAUCUACAUGGAGCAGCGCUUUUCCAAGAACAAUAUCGGUCCCGAUGGCCGACCUAGGGACCCAAAGUUCGUGUCGUUCUCUUGAUGACAUUUGCAUCACAGUCGCUUGGUUUCACUUUGCCCUCGUUCUUCUUCCUGUUUUCCUUCGACAUAUGCUUCUCACCGGCAGACUCUCCUCUACUUAUACCCUUCCCUUUACUGAAUGAUUUCAAGACUCCUUUGCAGCGUGUAGAGUAUGUUUACUAUUGCCGUCGAAAUUUAGUGUUGGCCUCCCUGCUUGAAGAUUGACUUGAUAUCUUGUGUCAACUCUAAUUUAUGACUUCGUGGAUCACUGCUGGCAACUAACUCUCAGUUACCAUACAUGGGCAUCUGAAAUGCUGUAGUGUUUCAAUUUGUGUAUUCAUUGCUACCACUCAGCAUAAAUGAGAUAUCGAGAACUG